AUGGGCGAUCACGCCACGCCAACUGAGGGCCAGACUACUGGUAAGCUCAAGUACGAACUUGUGGAAGGCCGCACUACCGCCACACACGUAUACGCGACGUAUCCGCUCAAAUUUCUGCACCCGCGACGAACCAUCCACCAGAGCUUCGACACAUACAUCACGUAUAUUUUGGGCUACGGGGGAGGUCUUGUGGGCGGCGACUCCAUUGUCGUGGAAUGUGAACUCGGUCCCGGCACGUCAGUUGUUAUGGGGACACAGGCUACCACGAAGGUGUUUAAAUCUGAUGAUGAGGGCCAGUUUGUAUCGCAAACGUUCUCGCUCAAGGUUGUUGCCAACGCCACGCUGGCAUUUCUCCCUGACCCCGUGACCUGCUUCGAGAGUGCGAAGUACCGACAAUCCCAAGUGUUUCAUCUUGAAAGGAAUGCGAAUUUGGUCUUCGUAGACUGGUUGACGAGCGGUAGAAAACGAAACUACUUGACCACGGGAUCUGUCCGUGACAACCGAACCGAGACGCUUGAGCACUGGGAUUUUAGCGAAUACGAUUCGACGUCAGAGGUUUUUGUUGGUGGUGAGCGUCUUGUGACGGACCGCGUUCGACUUGCAGACGAAGAAGAUGUGAGCCUUCGCCAGCGUAUGUACAAUAUGCAUGUGCUAGGUUUGAUGGUGAUUGUCGGCUCCAAACUGAAGGUUAUCAUGGAUCAGCUCCUGGAGCUGAGCACCCGCAAGAAACUCCACAAUGCACGGGACAUCACUCCUCAAGGACGUCUUGCGACGGCCAAUACGUUUCCUGGGGUGAUCGCAUCUGCAAGCUCCCUGGGGGAGAACUCAGUCAUGGUGCGGUUCUGUGGACAAGAUGUGGAGGCAGCGAUGGCCUAUGUCAAGGCCAUGUUGGAGCCAUUGAGGGAGAUUAUAGGCUUUACUCCUUACCAGGAGAAUCGAUAA